AUGGGCAUCGAAAGCUUUCUGGCAGGAGGUUUGACUUCAGCAUCAACUAGUGGACUUUCAUUCUUCUUUCCGAUUCUUGCUGCGACACUUGCCUAUUUUCAUUAUGAAGUUCUGGAUAAUGAAGCAUCACCAAUCAACGUGCCGUCAGAGAUGCUAUUACCUUCGUAUCACUUUAUAGUAAUAGGCGGUGGUAGUGCAGGAGCUGUAAUUGCCAAUCGUCUAUCCGAAAUUGAAGAUUGGAACAUAUUGUUGCUAGAAGCAGGCGGUGACGAACCUGAGAUCUCGGACGUACCUCUUUUCGCCGGAUAUCUUCAACUGAGUCAGCUGGAUUGGCAAUACAAGACUGAGCCACAUGGUGAUUCUUGCCUAGCAAUGGAGAAUGGCCGUUGCAAUUGGCCUCGAGGUAAGGUUCUGGGCGGAAGCAGCGUGCUUAAUUAUAUGCUCUAUUUAAGAGGCAACAAACGAGAUUACGACAUUUGGGAGCAGCAGGGUAAUCCUGGCUGGGGUUCGCAUGAUGUCCUGCAUUACUUCAAGAAAUCCGAGGAUAACCAGAAUCCUUACUUGGUUCACACACCGUAUCACGCGAGCGGCGGAUAUUUGACGGUGCAGGAGGCACCGUGGCACACACCCCUAGCGACGGCCUUCGUCGAGGCUGGUCAAGAAAUGGGAUACGAAAAUCGCGAUAUUAAUGGCGAAUUUCAAACCGGCUUUAUGAUCGCUCAGGGCACUAUUAGACGUGGCAGUCGUUGCUCCAGUGCAAAGGCUUUUCUUAGGCCAGUCAGACUCAGGAAGAAUCUGCACAUAGCAAUGCACGCGCACGCUACUAAAGUGCUGGUGCAUCCCAAAACAAAGUAUACCUAUGGAGUAGAAUUCGUCAGGAACGACAAAGUUUUUCGUGUGCGCGCAAAGAAGGAAGUAAUUGUAUCUGGCGGGGCCAUAAAUUCGCCGCACCUACUUUUGCUAUCAGGAAUUGGGCCGAAGGAACAUUUACGAGAGCUCGGUAUUCCCGUGAUUCAAGAUAGCAAGGUAGGCAGCAAUUUGCAGGAUCAUGUUGGCUUGGGUGGACUUACAUUCAUGGUUAAUCAAGAGAUUUCUAUGGUGGAAAAACGGCUUCAUAACAUCCAGACGUUGAUGGAAUACGCUGUACUGGGCAGUGGACCUUUGACGGUGCUUGGAGGUGUUGAGGGCGUCGCCUUUGUUAACACCAAAUAUGCAAACGCUUCGCUGGACUUUCCCGACAUCGAGCUGCAUUUUAUUUCUGGCUCGACGAAUUCGGAUGGCGGCAAGCAAUUGAGGAAAGUUCAUGGACUAACGAAGAAGUUCUAUGAUGCCGUUUUCGGACCGAUCAACAACAAGGAUGCAUGGAGUGUGCUUCCAAUGUUGCUACGACCAAAAAGUCGCGGUGUAAUCAAGUUGCGCAGUAAAAAUCCAUUCGAUUAUCCUCUCAUUUAUCCGAAUUACUUCAAGGAAGCGGAGGACAUCGCCACAUUAGUAGAGGGAGUGAAGAUUAGUGUGGCCCUGAGCAGGACCAAUGCCUUUAAGCGAUUUGGAAGCGAGCUCAACUCACGACAGUUUCCAGGAUGCGAACAUAUACUUAUGUAUACUGAUUCUUACUGGGAAUGUAUGAUCAGGUACUAUAGUUACACCGUCUACCAUCCCGUUGGCACGUGUAAAAUGGGUCCUUACUGGGAUCCCGAGGCUGUCGUCGAUCCGCAGCUUAGAGUCUAUGGUGUAACUGGAUUGCGCGUGAUUGAUGCUUCAAUCAUGCCAAACCUCGUAAGUGGAAAUACGAACGCGCCAGUAAUUAUGAUAGCCGAGAAAGGCGCAGAAAUGAUUAAGGAAUAUUGGUUGAAAUUUCCGAGGAACACAGAUAGCUAUUGUACAUACAACAUGCCAAAAAUGCCAAUUCGAAAAGUUAAGAGAGUUGGGGUAUUGGCUAAUAAAAGAUCACAAUUCUUAAAGACACAUUAUAAGGAAUUACGAUCCUAUAGACCAUUAUAUGAAAAAUUGAAGCAUAAUAAUAAUCACUUAGCAAAAGCGCUGUCUAAAGAAAAACAGAACAAUCAAGAGUUGUUCACACAGAAUGUAGAGCUAGUAGGAGAGAUUCAACAGUUAAAUCUAAUAUGUAACACACGAAAUACUGUAAUUUCGAAUGUACUGAAUAACGCAAAAGAAAUAUUAAAAAUGUUAGUCACAAUGACUGGUUAUAUGACAAAUACUAUCUCUAUGUGUCAAGAGCUUGUUGCUUCCAAUACUGCUGUGAGGUUGUCUACUUCAACUGGAAGUAAAGAACCAUCUGCUAGAUUAUCAACAAAAUCGCCAGCAAAAGGAGUGGUAAAACCUAUGGUGGGUGGGCAUACGAUUACUAAGCCUACGAUAAAUUUAAGUCGGAUUAAUAUGCAAAAUAUUAAUGUAUCAAGACUGUCUGCUAUACCAGAAGCAAACACACCCACUAGAAGUUCGGAGAAUAGAUCUCCGACUUCAUCAACCUUUAUGUCUCUUAGAUAUGAAAAUGGUCAUACAUGCAGAUUACCAGAAAGAUUAACAAUUUCUUCACCCAGAGUUAAUGAUGAACAAAGAUUAAGAAGAAGAAGAACUCAUCCAAAAAGAUUGUCAAUAUCUUUUUCACGAUCGGGAAAUAGAUGGUCCAAUGAAAGUCCAACAACUGCGGGACAUAUUAACGUAAUUGACAACCGAAUUGACAUUGAAAAUCAAGAGAAUCAUGACACGUCUGACGAUCAUCUGACAGAUAGAAUAAACGCAAUAUCAGAAUCACAGGUGCCUAUUAACUCGAACGAGAAAAAUGAAACACACGUAGACACAUCGAAGUCAGAUCCUGAUAUACAAAUAAAUAAUAAAAUCUCUAAAGAUUUUAGUAAGAAUUCGAGUGUAACGGAAAGUUCUAAACUGCAAAAUAAUACUAGAACUUGGGAGGAAGAGGAUCCAUUGGAAGGUCCAAGUUGGAUGUUCAACAAUACCAUACCACCACGAGAUAAUGAGCCGGAACUCGAGAAUGAUGACGUCUCUGAUGUUAAUAAUAAUACGUCACAAGUAAUAGUGUAUGAUGAUUCUAGUGCUACAGAAAGCAACAUAGGAGAUAUAUCGAAUUUAAAUGAAUCUAUGAAUGAUAUGCAAACUCCAGAGAGAUAUCACCUUGCCGAUCGUUCCGAGUGUGACUCUUAUAUGCAUGAUACGAACGAUAGUAUUUGCGAGAUACUUCCGACAGCGGCCAUAUCCAAUGAUAAAAAAAAUUUAGAUAACAUAGAAGACAUAGAAGGUAAUGCAAAUGAUACAAUGAAAUUUACGAGCUUCGUAACGCUGAGACGAGGGCAUUCUGAAGCACCGGAAGAGACAGAAGACUUUACCUUAAUGUUACGUCCACCAAGACAAAAUAUGCAAUUCGAUAUUAACGAACUGCGACUGCCUGUUAUGGAGGAAUCCAUGAUAAAUAAUUCCGAUGUUAAUAACGAAAUUGAUACUAAAGUAACCGCCACGAUACCAAGAGUUACGAAUAUUCCGAUCGCAUCUGUAUCGAAUCAAAGUUUAGAUAAAUCUGAUUAUAACCAUAUCACGAUAAAAGUGCCAAUAAUUCUAGUUGGCGAUCAUCAGAGAACGUCGACAUCACAAAAAACAAAGCAUUCCAGUAAUAAGAAAUCGAGGACACCGAAUAUGAAAGAUAGAACGACUCACGCUGAAAAUUCUCCGACAAUUAAAAAUAAGGCGAAACUGAAAAAUAAAUCUAAAAGUAAUCGUGAUCCUAGCACAGCAAAAGUCGUUUUAGAGAAGCUAAAUGAAUCUCAUGUUAAAUCGAACAUGAUUCAGAAUAUUAAUAAUGUCAUGAGAAAUACCAUGUCUAAUGAAGAUGAUCAACAAGAUUUGGAAAGUAGCAGCUAUCCUUCUAAUCGCCCUAAACGAAGAAAGGCGCCGACAAAUUUGAAAGAACCUAAAUUGAAUAAGAAACUAAGACGAGGUUAAUAAGAAAGAGACUGAUAUGCAUUAUCAAGAUUUAAUGAAGAAAAUGAUUACUCGC